AUGGUGCACGUAUUUGUUCAUUCAGUCGUCCAAGAAAAGGCCCUGUUUCGAGAAAAUGAUGAGAUGCCUGAACUUGGAAACGUUUUAGACCCCAAUUACCUGGACUGGUAUCCAUAUCUUUUAAACUGGCCAUGUGACAAUACGUCUCUCUACACAUUAGUAAUGACAGAUCCUGACUCCCCCUCAAAAUACAAACCAAAGAUGCGGGAGUGGCAACAUUGGUUGGUUGGCAACAUCCACGUGGCGGUUGAAGAGGGCGAUUUCUUACCGGAUGUUUUCGAAUCCGACAUGAUGUCUAAGUACAUUCCGCCGUAUCCAAAGAAGGGAACCGGUUUCCAUCGCAUUGUCUUUUUGGUAUACAAGCAACCGAUGGGUCGAAUUGAAUUCAAAGAAAAGCUGUUGUCUUACAAGGCCCGGGAUAGCGAAAGGGCAAAUUUUUCAACACGCAGUUUUGCUAAGAAGUACAAUUUAGGCGAUCCGAUCGCUGUCAGCUUUUUCUUAUGUCAAUGGGUUAAACCCCUGCCAACGACAACAGCGGAAACUUGGGAAUUGCCCACGGAAUACUGGGACGAUGGAAAUAUGCUCAAUCCUGACAUGGGAUAA